AGAACCGACCAACCCAGCGCUCACAAGCGACAGCACCACCGCAGAGUGAAAACGAGGCGGGGGAUUGGGAACACUGAAUACAGAGCUAGCGUACUCGAGUCGCGUACUGGAGCAGCUAAGAUCACUGAUAUAUCUGGAGGAAAAGUUCCGCACAAAACAAACCGCCGUUGGCCAGCUUAUUCUUUGAAGAGAAAGAAGAUACCGUUGAAAAGUCGAGCUGAUCCCCAGUGAGAGAUGUGGAUCCCCCCAGCCCUCCAAUGCUGAGCACCAAUAGAGGUCAAAGGUCGACACGGUUAGAAGGGGUCAACACCAUCAUGGCUGACAGAGAUGGGCAUGGCGGCGGGGUGGAUGUGCCCACCAUCGCCCCAGGCCAGGUGUACGUGGAGGUGGAGUACGACUAUGAGUACACGGCCAAGGACAAGCUGAUCUCCAUCAGGCAGGGGGAGUGCUACAUGCUGGUCAGGAAGACCAACGAGGACUGGUGGCAGGUGAGGAAGGAGGAGGGGAUGAAAGCCUUCUAUGUCCCAGCACAGUACGUCAGGGAAGUGCGCCGGGCGCUCAUGCCCCCUCAGAAGCCUCCCGUGUCGUGCGGGAUUGGUGGGGUGAGUGGGGCGUUCCGUGUGAAGCCUACAGUUCUGGAUAUAUGCAGAGCGUCCAAUGAGAACCUCAACAACAGGCCGCCUCAGGAGAUGUCUAGUUUUGGGCGUCCGUCGCCCUCCUCCACGCCGUCGCCCUUUCCGGUGCACGUCACCCCGCCCGCUCUGCCCAAGGACGCCAACCAGAACCCGGGCAGCCCGCGGCACAACAAGCCCCCUGGUGUAGCCGAGCUGGUGCUCCUACACAACAACAAUAACCAUCACCACAGCAACAACUCCACGUUACCACGGAUGCGGGCGGACUCUCCGCCCCCCAGGGCCCCUUACAACGACCAUAAACGCCACCAGGGAAGUGAUGAUACAGAACAGACCCCCUCCUCUUCUGGCGACUCCCCGGGGGAGGGGUCGGAGACGCUCCGGAACGACUCUGAGUCUGGAGACGACCUAAGUAGCAGCUCUGCUGAACACAUGCAGACGACGUCUCCGGCGGGGCAGGGCCGGCCCGAGUCCCCGGUCUACACCAACCUCCAGGAGCUGAAGAUCUCCCAGUCCAGCCUGCCCCCCCUUCCUUCAAGCUCCCCACUGCAUGUCCUCGGGGACUGGGAGACCCACAAGGACCUCACCGGCAGACACUUCUACUAUAACAGAGCCUGCGGCGAGCGCACGUGGAAACCGCCCCGCGUACGGGAUGCGAGUUGCAGUACCAGUAGUAGUCGGGGAGACCCCCAUGGCACAGGAGAGAUGGAGCCCCUGUCUUCCGAGGAGAACUGUCACAGCAGCACCUACUCCAGUCAGUCGGACAGUCAGUACGGCACGCCCCCUAGAGGCUGGUCAGAGGAACUGGACGAACACGGACACACCCUCUAUGUCUGUGAAUAUACUCAUGAGAAGUGGAUAAAGCACGUGGACGAGCAGGGAAGGCCAUACUACUACAGCGCUGAUGGGUCCAGGUCAGAAUGGGAGCUACCCAAAUACAACUUGUCUCCUCCCCAGCCAGGCGAUCCCCCCAAGAGUCGUAGUCUGGAGCGGAAACAUCCAGACCCCAUCGUCCUGACCAAGUGGAGACACAGCACCUACGUACUAGACCUCAACGACAAGUUCUCUUUCAAAAAACUCAGGCGCUUUGAAUCGAGCCAUCACAUGGGGAGAUCUGGUCGCAAUCUUUACCGUGGUAAACCCUCUGAGAAGUGUGGAGUCCUCAACGUCACCAAAAUCACUGAGAAUGGCAAGAAAGUCAGGAAGAACUGGACAUCUUCGUGGACAGUACUCCAGGGCUCCUCACUGCUCUUCGCUAAAGGACAGGGGAGUGGCACCAGCUGGCCGCACUACCGUAGUGGCUCCAUCCCUGAGCUGCUGCUCACUCUGCUGGCCAACUGGAAGCGUUCGGUCAAGCCCUGCCCAGCUGUCUCCUAUGUCCACUCUGUCCAUGGGCGUGCCCCAGCUGCCACUAAGUUUGUGGGUAACCAGUCGAAGCCGGAGUUCACUGUGGAUCUCAGAGGGGGGUCAGUUGAUUGGGCAUCCAAGGAUAAGUCAAGCAAGAAGCACGUCAUUGAACUGAAGACCCGUCAGGGGACGGAGCUGCUGAUCCAAUCAGAGAUUGACAGUGUCAUCAACGACUGGUACCGAGCCCUGACAGACACCAUCAGCACACAUGCAUGGGAGUCAGAUGAGGCCAUAGAGGAGGACAUGCCUGAGUCCCCCGGGGCAGAGAAACAAGACAAGGAGAAGGACCACCGAGACUCCAAGAAAAACAGAGCGAUGAAGACGUCUAUAAGUAUGGACUCCACUGACCAGAAAAAGACUAGAGUGAAGCUGAAGAAGUUCCUGACCCGCCGACCCACCUACCAGGCCGUCAAGGACAAGGGAUACAUUAAAGACCAGGUGUUUGGCUGCAGUCUGAGCAGCCUGUGUCAGAGGGAGAACACGUCAGUGCCCAACUUUGUCACCACGUGCAUCGACCACGUGGAGGCCACAGGUCUGAGUAUAGAUGGCAUAUACAGAGUGAGUGGGAAUCUAGCUGUGAUACAGAAGCUGCGCUUCGCUGUGAAUCACGAUGAACAGUUAGAACUGGAGGACAGUAAGUGGGAGGACAUCCACGUCACCACGGGAGCCCUGAAGAUGUUCUUCAGAGAGCUGCCUGAACCACUCUUCACCUAUGACUCCUUCAACGACUUUAUCAACGCCAUCAAAUGCUCGGAUUACAAGCAGCGAGUAAACUUAAUAAAAGACUUAAUCAAGCAGUUGCCAAAACCGAAUCACGACACAAUGCAAUGCCUCUUCAAACAUCUCAGAAGGGUGAUUGACCAUGGAGAGGCCAACCGAAUGACGACCCAGAGCGUAGCGAUCGUCUUCGGCCCUACCCUGCUCAGACCUGAGACCGAGACUGGGAACAUCGCUGUUCACAUGGUAUAUCAGAACCAGAUUGUUGAGCUCAUCUUACUGGAGUAUGAGAACAUCUUCGGCAGGUAGAAAAGAAACACCUGAUGAAGAGGCCUGUGAGAGAAAGAGGAUGGUCUGGUGACUGGUCGAACCCAACACGGCUUAUUUGUGUGACUGAAACAUUGCUGCUGUGGACCAAGCAAUUUAACGAAAGAAAAACAAAAAUGUAAUUAUUGUUCAUUUGAUAAAAAGAUUAAUAAAGGAAGCUAGUGAACGACUUUGCACUUACCCUUUUGAGAGAGCUAAGUAUGAUGUAAAUAAAUACAGAUUUCAUUCACUUUGGUUACAAUGCCUGCUGUGAGUAGCAGGGCGGAUCCAUUUGCUUCAGGAGGAGGGUGUUGAUUGGUUGGUUGGUGAGCUGGAUCGUGUCGUCAUUGCCGUGACAAUGGACGGAGUGCAGUGUGAAUGGCGUGGAUGGAUCUCCCUUGACGUGAUGUGAUCCAGUGGAUUUGAGUAUUCAGGGUAUAACUGUUUUACACUGGAUUCCUAUGGCCAGCAUUAAAUACAGACAACAUACAACAAGAGCUUGGUGAAUAAGACUUUCAUUGUUUUGAACUGGAGUGGAACUGAAGAAGAGUAUUAUGGGAUACAUUCAUGUGGCCCGCCGGAGUGACUUCCUCCUUUCUCUGAUGACGUCGCAACACAUCAGCCGGGCACAGCCCACUCCAGAUCAUUCAAACAGCAACAACUACCCACUGAAUGAAUGGCUGGGUGGUCUCUCCCUCAAUGUCAAAUCAAUGGAAGCCCAUAUCCUGCUACUACCAUGUGUUAUAGUAAAGACCAAGCUUGGUUGUGUGUAUUAAGACUACUCUCAUUGCUUUGUGUUGGGAAAAAUAUUACGCUUAACCUCCUGAACUGUAUAUUCUCAGUUUUGUGGAACAUUGGCCAUGUUGUGGUGACCAUAUUACUGCCACACCUGCAGUCAUGAGUCAUGACCACAGUACAAUUCCACGUGACAAUUGAGUCACAGUAAUCUCCUUUUGUGCAAUCUGGACAUGCUUUGGUAGUACCCAACUUGCUAACUACCAUCUGGUCCUAAUGGCCUGGUACUCUGGGCUCUAUUGUCCCUCUAACCACUCUGACCUUUAAUGCAAAUUACAUUUAAAUAUCACAUCAAACACUUAUCAUCAAAACAGCAGGCCUAUACAGUGUAAAACUCACCUCACUGUGAUGAUCAAUUUGAAGAAAGAAGUUCAACAGCCGGUUGAAACAUUGUAGGACAUGGUUGGUUUGGAAGUCGUUUCAAAGCUUAACACAACUAAAUGGCCACCUCUUUCAAAUGUGAUGAUUCAUUCUAAACAUCCAUAUGCAUAUUAGAGCUUAUGCAUAUUCUAAUGAGCCCAAGCCCCCCCCCCCCCCCCAUGAAAAAAAAAAUAGCUGAAUAAAAAUGAUGAUUCUGCUUUUAUACAAUUCAUAGCCUACCACAUAUUACCAUGGCAGAAAAACAAAACAAAAGUGAUUUAAGAUGUAUUUGGUACAUAAUUGGUCUAGCCUUUUGAGUGUGGACUGUAUUAUUAUGUAUACUGAAUAGGACUGGUUACCUAAUGCUGAGCUCCAACAUGUAUAUCCAUGAGUCUGGGAGAGAACGUGUUGGUUCAUUGAUUGGGCAGGGCGGUUUAGCCUACAAUUAUUGAUUUUGUAUUUGAUUUUGAUUUUGAAUAGCCUAGUAAUAGGGAUUUUUUUUUUUUUUACAAAUAUUUAAUAAUUCACUGGGUGACACUUUAGCUAUACAGAAUAUCGCACCACCAUGCAUUUCCAUCUCCUCUCUUCUUUGUUAAUUUCUCGAGCUCGCAGACAGUUUAGGGAAAUAUGUUUCGUUGCGAUGUUCCCGAACAGAUUUCACUUGGUUUACCAAAUCAAGCACUAGGUAGCUGCAGGAACAAGGUUGGAGACCCAAUGCCAUACAGUGUUUGGGCGGAAUAUCACCUAUCGGGCAGCGAGAGCAUGCUCCUCAAACAGUGGUUGAUGCGUGUAGAGGAGGAAUACGUGUUUUUAUUUGUUUCUCAGCUGCUCAUAUUAAGCACAAUUCCGCUAUAAAACCGAAGUAGCCUACAAAACGGACCGUCGGGAAAGCGCGCUGCCUCCGCUGUUCAAGUGCGUACAGAUGACAUGUCUUUUUUCCCCCUGUUCCUGUUCCUGCCCAUUUAAUAAUGGGCCAUUCUAAAUCGGAACUAAUUUGACAUAUUGAUCAAGACAAGAUUAAACUGAGAAUAGUCUGAUGGAUGAAAAUAUAAGCACUUGAUGGGAGAACAGCUGUGCAGUCUGAGGCAAGGAACAGAGCAGGCUUUUCUCCAAUCAAUCAUCAAUUAGUCGCGUCAUGCAGCCCAUACAUGUUUUGAUUUCUAAGUCAUUCUAAGGUUUGUAUCAUUCACAGCUAAAUUUGCCAAAUAACUCUAAAUCUAGGAUAUAGGACCAGUUUCAAAUGAUCACUGUUAUGCUCAACAUAGACAUUUCAUAUGCGCACUCGUGCCGUAAUGGGAAAUAUAUUAUUUCAAUUAUACUCUUCUUACUAUACAAUCAAAUCAAAUAAUAGCAUGGGACUUAUAACCAUAUAUUGUCAGCUAAUUGGACAAGCCUACAGCCUAUGUCAUAGAGCAUAGCCAGAUAACUAAAAUAUAUUUUCUACAUAUAUUUCUUUAGACCUGACUAAAAUCUAUUAGGCUUUUUUCAAAUAUCGAUGUUCCAAAGGCAUGCAUUAACCAGCGGUUUGUAUGCUGGAGGUAUGGAGAUGCUAAUUGAGUUGUAUGUUAAUUACCGGUCAAUUACCAUGAGAUGGGGCAGUCUUUUGCUUGAUAAUAACCGGCUGACAAAAUUUCAUGACCGCCACAUUCCCUACCUCUGACUUCUGUGAUGUUAUUGUAUGCGCAGCAUAAAGCCAAGGUGGCAUGGAUGAAUACAGAAUCAGUAUUAAAUAUGGGGUCUCUUGGAGGGGACCCCUGGAUCAACUGGAUGGGACAUUACUCAUAUGUAUUGCUUAUAUUUCCCCUGCUUUUAUAAUGACAAUAAUUCACCAUAAAAUUCAUUCCAGGGAAAUGAACUGGACCCCAGUGAAAUCAUCAACAGUGGUCAGUAUAUCACAUGACUGGCUUUGGGAAACAUCCAAACAAACCUGUGUUUGUUGGGCUUAAACAGUAAAUAAACUGCUUUAUGUUAUGAUGAACAAUAAGCUGAAGACUCUUUGUAUCCCAAAUGGCAUUCUAUUCCCUAUGUAGUGCACUACUUUUGCCCAGGUCCCAAAUGGAUCUGAUCAGAUGGUAGUGCACUAUAGAGGGAAUAGGGAACCAUUUUGGAUGUAGCCUAAGAUCUUCCCUAAUGUGUACAGAUGUGUGUCAUUGUGAAGUCUCAUGUGCUUGGUAUGGUAGGCCUCUGCUAGUGACAGGCCUUCAUAUUUGUAAAGUGGACAUGUAACUAAAGGUGUUGAGUGGCGAUUCCCUCCCUUUCUCCCUCUCUUCCUUUUUUCUCUCGUGUCAUUGAGUUACUGCAAACAGGAUAAGAGCGAUGAGGAUGCCAGGGAAUAGCAGUCACCCCUAGCAUGACUUUUUCAGAUCAAUUUUUGCAUCCCAAAUGGCACUCUCUUCCCUUUUUAGGCCUGCUUUAUAAUCCCUCUGUUUACCUAAGCUAAUAUGAACUGGACUGGGACUAGAGAGAAAAUUAUACUGGAAAAAAUAGUAUUACAUUAAAUUAAAGUUGAUUGCAAUGGAAGGUAGAAUGCAAAAAAAAAGCCUCUGAAUAUUAUGUACAAGCAACCUACAUUAAAAAAUGUCCCUUAUAGUAAUUCAAGUAUGUAUGCUUUGAUGGCGAGUGGUUGGUUCAAGUGAUAUAUCACCACAUGAUUUUGUAAAUCUGAAUUGUCCACAAGAAUACAUACAGUAUUGAUCCUUACAAAAGAGGAAGUGGUUUUGAAAGUGUAUCUGGAUUUUGGCGCAUGGUCAGUUGCACAUUUUGAAUGUACUUUUCAGACCAACUACUGUUUGUGACAUUGUUAUGUCUAAUAAAAUAAACUAAAUGGGA